AAUUUUUUGACGAUAAAUUUAUAACUACGUAGAACAAAAAGAACGUACCCUAAAACUGGAAGCGGAGACGAACGUAGUUCCUGAUCGCAUCCGCCGUCGCCCCCUCCCCCUCCCCAGUGGCCGUCGCUCACCUUCGAUCUCUUUUUAUUUGAUGGGCAGCGUGCCGGAAAUAUCUAGAGAACCUUGCCCGGACCGUAUCAUUGAUGACAUAGGUGCAUCUUUUGGGAUCGGUGCGGUUGGUGGCGGAGCUUUCCAUUUGUUGAGAGGAAUGUAUAACUCGCCUAAAGGGGAGCGUUUGAUUGGGGGUUGCGAAGCAGUCCGCAUGAGUGCUCCUCGUGUUGGUGGUAGUUUUGCAGUGUGGGGUGCGCUCUUCUCCACCUUCGACUGCACGGCCGUGUACUUGAGGCAGAAAGAGGACCCUUGGAACGCCAUCAUAGCCGGCGCUGCCACUGGAGGCUUUCUGCAGAUGCGUCGGGGAUUGGCUGCUGCUUCUCGCUCAGCACUCUUUGCUGCUGCUUUGCUUGCUUUGAUCGAGGGAGCUGGGAUAAUGUUUAACAAAGUUCUCACUCCUCCCAUGGAAGACCCUCUUCAGAUGAACCCACACUCUUCAUCUUCUUCAUGGUUUGGCGGAAACGAAGAGCUUUGAUUUCAUGCUA